AUGCUUGUAUUUGAUGGUUUAUCACUGAAAACAACAUACAACACUGCCAGUUCUUUUCUUAUCACUUACUGUAUUUUAUUCAAUGCCAGCUUACAUAUUGCUUUCGCUCAGCAACUAUAUGAAACUGAUAAUGAUAAUAAAGAUGAUCUUUAUAUUCUCAUUGAUGAAAUCAGCGUUUAUACCUGCCGAGGAGUUAAAAAUGAAAUCAAAGUAACUGAAGAUGACAUAAAUAUAGUGAAUGAGAAAGGUAAUCGUGUGUACUAUGUGAAAGCUCCAGGAAAUUAUUCGUUGCAUUUCAAGAAUUUACUUGUGACGCGUGACAUGGGCUAUUUAAGUGGUGAGAUUGGGGUCACACUUCAAGUUCCUGUCAUUGAAGGCCCUGCAGGAAUUCGUUUUGAUCUACCCUAUACAAUAGUUCCUGAAACUGGACUUCUGGAUCAAAGAUGUGAUGAACAUAGUGGUAUUGUGCAGCAUGAUGGUCGGCAUUAUUGUCGCUACUGUGAUGUUUGCGGGUUAACAGAAGAAUUGGAAAAAGAUUUAAACAAUAAAGGCCAUUUAUUUUUGCCGGAAGUAGCUCGUGGGAACGAGAAAAAGUUUUCUCCAAUUUGUAAUCGAAUUUCUACCAAUGUUUAUGAGUUCAAUCGAACUAUAAAUUUACCUGGAAGACGUGAACUUGAAUCACGUGUUGCAGAGAAACUUCAAACUUUAGAUGGUGAAAGUCGCCAACGGCUCAACAAACGUCGUGGACGAUUUCAAGUAUUUCUGAAUUUGAUUAGCGCUAAGCAGCCACCAAUCAAGCAGCAUGAAUGGUUUUCUUCAUCAUCUGAAUGUCAAUGUUGCUGGCCGAAUAGUUCAGAUUCAUGCCAUGGUAUCUUAAACUUUUUGUACUGUAAUAAAGAAGACUGUAAAAGUACGUGGGCUCAGCAAUGUUUACAUAAUUCAGCACGUAUAGUUGCAUGUUAUACAAUAGAAUUUAAUUAUCGCAUGACGAGUUCAUACCACGAUGUCAAAGUAUUUUUGACUGAAAAUCAUUAUCCAAAUCAAGAAGAAGUGGAAACAACUGAACCAACGUUAACAUCACGGAAUCCUUCGAGUAUUACUGAAACGGUUUCGGGAUCUAUCACGGAGCGAUGCGUAGCAAACAUGCCUCAAAAGUUGACCCAUCUAAGGCGUUAUUGUAAGAUCUUCUGGAAUGCUAAACUUUGUUGUUCACAUUGUUCAAAUGUUUGUUAG